UAAGUAUACGGUUAGGGGAUGAAGGUACACGCAGUUCAGCAUUUAGAAGAUGGAUUUCCAAUCAGCAAUGGAUCACAAAGAGAAACGCAUGGGUAUACAUCAUCUCAUGAUCUUUGCUGCGGAUCAGUUUCAGAAGAAAAUUAGGGAGAGCUUUCAAAAUUUUUGCACUCGACGAAAAUGGGUGGUCUUGUUAUCAAUUAUUCUUGUGUUUGAGUGUUAUCGCAACGUGGUGUCAAACUCCAAUCAACUGCAGAGUGGUAACAAUAAACUAAAUCAUACUGACAAGAUAACUCAGAAGUUUGAGUUUUGGAAAGCUGGACUUCUUCAUUUCAAGUAUUCCUUUACGAACGUACAUUCCUCCAUUGGACGAGAACGCCAUUCAUCUCUUCAAGAAUGUUUGGACUCAGUCAUAGAGAAUCGGAGACGUCGAUGGAGGUGGAAACCGUGUGGUGUUCUCAUCUGCCUGACAGCUGCAUUGCUGUAUUUCGCUGUAACUAAACAAAUCGACAAAAUCUACUAUGCUAAGACUCAGGAACAGUCUAAUGAUAAAUGUAACGGUCCAUUUAACAAAGGUCGCCUGUUCAACGCAGGGUAUAAAGAAAUGAUAAAGUUUAACAAGUUUUUUUGUGUCAUAUUCCAUGACUUGGACUUGUUACCUCUUAACGAGAACAUUAUGUAUAAUUGCCCGACUUUGCCUAGACAUAUGUGUGCCCACGUUAAUGACACCGACAUUCGAAGGAAAUUUAAUAUAACAUACUCGUAUAAAUCCCUAUUCGGUGGUGUGGUCUCAAUGACUAUGGAACAGUUCGAGAGGGCUAAUGGUUUCUCCAACUUAUACUUCGGAUGGGGGGCUGAGGACAAUGACAUGUUCUGGAGGCUUCAUGCUGCCGGGUACCCAGUGGUGAGAUAUCAAAAGACUGUGGGAGUGUAUCUCGUGUUGCCACAUAAAAGAGAACCAGCCAAUCCUUACAGGCACCACCUCCUCAGCAGAGCUGUGGAAAGAUUGAGAUGA